CCGUACCUCACGGCACAGUUAGCGCACUGGUUUCAGCGCCUCUACACCUCCUCUCUUCCGCAGCAGACUUACACUGUGUAUUUAACCUUGUGCUCCUUUCUUUCCUUACCACUUCCAGUUUUUUGAUUUAUCGUCGCUUGUUGGACUUUUUCACACAUGUCGGCUCAGGACAGACUUAGACGGUAUCGAGAACAACAACAGCAGCAACAGGGUGGAAAUCCGUACGGAAGUCCACCCGCGGCACAGCAGCGGCGCCAAAACCCUUAUGACCAGCGUGAUGAAGGACAGAAUCAGUAUGGAGGACAGAACGGGGGCUCGUACAACGACAACUCCUAUUCACAGCCACAAUACAAUCAAGGAAACUACAACCAAGGAAACAGCUAUGAACUCCAACAAGUAGGAAAUGGUGGCGGAUAUGGCAAUCAGUAUGGCAGUCUACCUGCGAACGACAUGGAUACGUUCUAUAACGAGAUCGAAGCCAUCCAAAACGAGAUCCGUACCUUCAAUGCUAACGUCGACCAAAUUUCUCGCCUUCACUCGUCCUUGCUGUCUAACGUUGAGCCUGGCAACAGUCGGAGCAACCAGCAGCUGGAAAACUUGAUGGAGGAGACACGAGGCAUGGGUUCGGAGAUUAAAAAUCGCAUCAAAGCGCUUCAGAUGCAGCCGGUUGAUGAAAAGGCCGCAAACAUGCGAAAGCCGCAGAUUGACCUAGUUCGAGAGAGGUUCAAGAAUGCUAUUGAGAAAUACCAAGGCGAGGAAAAGCUGUACCGUGAUAAAUACAAGGAACGGAUGGCUAGGCAAUUCAAGAUUGUGAACCCAAAUGCCACCGACGCAGAAGUUCAGGAAGUUGUCAACGGUGACCAGGAUGUGCAGAUAUUUGCUCAGGCAGCAAUGGGCAACAGAUACGCGGAUUCUCAGAGAGCGUAUCGAGAAGUGCAACAGCGACACGAGGAAAUUAAACGUAUUGAAAGGACUCUGAUUGAGUUAGCUCAGCUGUUCAACGACAUGAGCUUGCUUGUCGAGCAGCAGAAUGACCAAGUCAACGUCAUUCAUCAGAAUGCAGAGAAUGCUGCUGGAGACAUUGAGGCUGGCAAAGUGGCUACGGACAAAGCCGUUGUGUCUGCACGCGGGUACCGCAAGAAGCGCUGGAUAUGCCUCCUUCUGACAUUGAUCAUUCUCAUCAUUGUCGGUGUCGCGGUUGGCGUUGAAGUGUCGAAGAAUGUGAAUAACAACAACAAGAGUAACUGAGUAGUUUCCGGGCUGCAUGGGUCUCUAAAGUGCUAUCUUUUUCCCCUCCUCGACUGCAUUCGUUGCUGGACAGCAACGGAGAAGACAUACCUCUUUCGUACAUGAUUUUCUAUUUCGACUUCUGAUGUACAUCGUAAGCAUAUGGGACAUUCUCCUUCUCCUUCUCUCAUUCUACAGUAGCCUGGUCUCACACUCUUUUCAAUUCGUUUCUGCUUUUAUCUCUCUUCACGACUAUCUAUGUGUUGGUUACUAUUCCUAAAGGCGUAGCGCCCAAUAGAUUAUGGAGGAACUAAUAGGAUGGCGUUAGCUAUUCGAGAUGGGACAAAGUCAGAGAGUACACAGGUCGUCGGAGGUUCACUGAUCGCGACGUCGGGAGUCGGGCCUUGCCACGUGGAGCUCCGACGCCGAUCUUCCGGUCCGAGAAAGUUUGGACGGCCUUCUAGCAAGUGUUGAGAGCAAUUAAAUCCACUUAACUAAGAAAACAAUAGUGAGAUCAGCCUUAUGUGUCCUAUUGCAUGGCCAUUUGACCCCUAGAAUGCCAUUGUACUACCGUGUCGCAAAAGACUGCCAGAAUAGGGAAGGAUAUGUUGCGAGCAAAACGGCCGAGAAAGGGCAAUGAAAACCACGUGAUCUGAACUUUGAAAGGG